AAUCCAAAGUACACCUCCAAGCAAUAACCAAACCAACCACGAAACGUCAGAGCAUAUACCCACGGCUCAGAUCACAUACCACACCUUUUCAACUUUCGGAGGAGUCUGUCACCACGUCAAAGCGUUUUCCUACGACGCUUUCCAUUUCUUCUCGGUCUCGGCAUACAAGCUCGGCCCGAAUUGGAAAACUUGCUCGAGUAGCUCGGUUGUUUCUCGAGCGAUAAGCGGACACAAGUGAUAUCUCUUUUUGAUUCCGAUUCUUGAUAUCGAUACUUAGGAACACCUCUCUGUUCCUUCGGAUUUUACCACGCGGCUCUACCCUUCGCUGCAUGAAUCAUACGCGAGCUGCAUACAACGCGUGUCCUUUCAUCACAUAGACGAAUCGAAACACGCUCGAACUAUUACUCUCUUCUUCUUAACAUAACAUCCACAAGGGCAUAGCAUGGGGAACCAAGGAUCCAAGACCAAGUCCGGCGGCCGUCCCUCAUCCUCCAACUCCAACCAGGAAAACCUCGAAUCGUACCCCUCGUUCAGCAGGACCGACACAGUUGGCUCAACCCGUUCGUUCCGUUCGAUCAGAAAGACCCUCUCUCGUGAUUCUACGCGGGAUAAUACCGACAAUCAGUCGAUUCCUGGAUCGGUGGGGGGAAGCACGCUUGGUGGACAUGAUUCGACCACAUACGUAGGAUUGGGAGACGAUGAGGAUGACGCUGGACCAUCGGGGCUACCGCCCCCUAGUCCGACGAGACAGACGUUUACGGGACAUCAGGGGUUGAGUGGUGCCACGGCCGGAGGCGAGAUCGGGAAUGUGAGUGAGGCUGGUCCGAGUGCGCCGCCUGCACGCAGCCAAAACAGACAAGAACCCCGUGAGUCGAUCUUGAUUAGGAGGAAUUCCGUUAAUGAGCCAACGGUGGGAGGAAGCGUGGGUGGGGUGAGGGAUAGCACGAUUUCUACGACGUCAGCGGCGGAGAGUAACCCGUAUCCGAGUUUGAGGAAUUUGGAUAUCGAUGAUAUGAUUUCGAGACUUUUGGAUGCGGGGUAUGCUGGGAAAGUCACGAAGUCGCUUUGUCUCAAGAAUGCGGAGAUCAUGGCCGUUUGUUCCGCUGCUCGCGAGGUCUUUUUGUCGCAACCGACCCUCAUCGAACUCAACCCUCCCGUCAAGAUCGUCGGAGACAUCCAUGGUCAAUACACGGAUUUGAUCCGGUUGUUUGAGAUGUGUGGGUUUCCGCCUAGUGCGAAUUACCUGUUUUUGGGAGAUUAUGUGGAUCGGGGGAAGCAGAGUUUGGAGACAAUUUUGUUGUUGAUGUGUUAUAAGAUCAAGUACCCCGAGAACUUUUUCUUAUUGAGAGGGAAUCAUGAGUGUGCGAAUGUUACCAGAGUUUACGGAUUUUACGACGAGUGCAAACGUCGUUGUAACAUCAAGAUCUGGAAGACGUUCGUUGAUUGUUUCAACACCAUUCCGAUCGCGGCGAUUGUUGCUUCGAAGAUUUUCUGUGUACAUGGGGGGUUGUCGCCAUCCCUCUCCCACAUGGACGAGAUUCGACAAAUUGCGCGUCCGACAGAUGUUCCCGACUACGGUCUACUAAACGACUUGCUGUGGUCGGAUCCAUCCGAAACGACAGACGAAUGGGAAGACAACGAACGCGGUGUAUCCUACUGUUUCGGUAAGAAUGUCAUCGCUCAGUUUCUCCAACGACACGACUUCGACCUCGUUUGUCGCGCACACAUGGUCGUCGAAGACGGCUACGAGUUCUUUAAUGAGAGAACUCUUGUUACGGUGUUUUCCGCUCCCAACUACUGUGGAGAAUUCGAUAACUUUGGGGCUGUGAUGAGCGUCAGUGAGGAAUUGUUGUGUUCGUUUGAGUUGUUGAAGCCGUUGGAUGCGAAUCAGUUGAAGGCGCAGAUGAGGAAGAGUAGGAAGCAGAAUCAGUUGGGGGGGACUAUGCAUCAAAGUCCGCCUGCGAUGUUAAGUGCGCAGAGUGUAUAAUUGGGAAGAGGAAAUAUGUGAGAUUGCCGGCGUUUUUGAAUCGUUCUCUCCAGUCUGUGUUGUUAUUGUCAUCUGUAUCACUAGAGUUAUUCGUUUAUGUCUUUCCGUUUUUCUUGCUUUUCGGUAUUGUAUCGAGGAGGGGUUCAUGGUCGAUCAUGGAGAUGGACGGCAU